AUAUUUUUUUUUCUCCAGAAAGUAAAAGUGCAAUCAAAGCUAAAGAGCAACAACAACAACCAACAAACAUGUCGAAAAUCGGUAUUAACGGAUUUGGUCGUAUCGGCCGCCUGGUGCUGCGCGCUGCCAUCGACAAGGGCGCCAAGGUGGUCGCCGUCAACGAUCCCUUCAUCGAUGUGAACUACAUGGUUUACUUGUUCAAGUUCGACUCCACCCAUGGACGUUUCAAGGGCACCGUUGCCGCUGAGGGCGGUUUCCUGGUUGUUAACGGCCAAAAGAUCACCGUGUUCAGUGAGCGCGACCCCACUAACAUUAACUGGGCCAGCGCUGGUGCUGAAUACAUUGUGGAAUCGACUGGUGUGUUCACCACCAUCGAGAAGGCGUCCACCCAUUUGAAGGGCGGUGCCAAGAAGGUUAUUAUCUCGGCGCCCUCUGCUGAUGCCCCAAUGUUCGUUUGCGGCGUCAACUUGGAAGCCUACAGCCCCGACAUGAAGGUUGUAUCCAACGCCUCCUGCACCACCAACUGCUUGGCCCCCUUGGCUAAGGUUAUCAACGAUAACUUUGAGAUUGUUGAGGGUCUGAUGACCACUGUGCAUGCCACCACAGCUACCCAGAAGACCGUCGAUGGCCCCUCUGGCAAAUUGUGGCGUGAUGGUCGUGGCGCUGCCCAGAACAUCAUCCCAGCCUCCACUGGCGCUGCCAAGGCUGUCGGCAAAGUUAUUCCAGCUCUGAAUGGCAAACUUACCGGUAUGGCUUUCCGUGUGCCCACCCCCAAUGUGUCGGUUGUCGAUUUGACUGUCCGCUUGGGCAAGGGUGCCUCCUAUGAUGAAAUUAAGGCCAAGGUCCAGGAAGCUGCCAAUGGCCCCCUCAAGGGAAUUUUGGGUUACACCGAUGAGGAAGUCGUCUCCACCGAUUUCCUUAGCGACACCCAUUCGUCGGUCUUCGACGCCAAGGCUGGCAUCUCGCUCAACGAUAAGUUCGUCAAGUUGAUUUCCUGGUACGACAACGAGUUCGGCUACUCCAACCGCGUCAUCGACUUGAUCAAGUACAUGCAGAGCAAGGAUUAAAUUUAAUCAACCUAAUCAACUCGUAUGAGAGAACACGCACAAACAGGAGCUGUAGCAUUUAAUAAUUAGAGAUGGAGAAAUGGAGCAUUAAACGCUGGGCGAAAAUUCGCGUAUAUAUUUAAUUAUAUAUACCAUGCUGCAUAGAAUACAUAUUCCUUCUCUAUCUAUAUCUACCACUCUAUCUAUCUAUAUAUAUAUUCAUAUAUGUAUUUACUUACACAGCAUCAAGUAACAACCAGAACCUCUCUCCUGUUUGAUGAGACGCAAAACAACAGUCACAUAAAUUAUAAUCUACAUACUAUAAAAGUAAAAUAUAAAAAAAAACACAAACAACAAAUUAAACAUUACCAAAAUUGAAUUUAAAUUAUAAUUAAUGUUAAAUUAUAAUGCUUAUCAGUGAUAAGCCGCCCAACGCAAAAGCAAAGAGCGCCAACCCUCGUAGUUGCAUAACAAAAACACAGAUUUUGUAGCACCAGUCAGCACGGCAGAGAUACAGAAAUGGACCUCAUCGCCCUGUCCGGCUGGGUUCGGCAUGGCCAGUUGGCAACAGUAAUAAUCUCGAAUACAAAAAAUAUGUGUUUUUUCCUCAAAUUGUUUUUUUUUUUUUUUUUUGUAGCCAGCGCUAUUUACUCUAUUAAAUUGCAAAGAAAAUAAUACAUACAUACAUAUGCGUUAAUUGUUGUUCAAUAAAGAAAAUUUCACUUA